GUUUUCGUCACGUGUGUAUCACUUUGACGUCACUGGGGUUAGAGUUCAGAAUCCUGGUGAUGAUGUCAUCUCUAAAAGAUGGCUGAAGGAGAAAGCUGGUGGGGAGGCUGGCUUCAUCAAAGCUACCAGGCCGUCAAAGACAAGUCAUCAGAGGCCUUAGAGUUUAUUAAGCGAGACUUGACAGAGUUCUCCACGGUAGUGCAGCAUGACACAGCCUGUUCAAUUGUGGCCACAGCCACUGCGGUCAAAAAUAAGCUAGCGGUUGAAGGCUCAUCAGAGGCCACAGAGAAGGUGAAGAAGAGUCUCUCUAGUUUUUUGGGAGUCAUAACAGACACACUCGCACCACCCCCUGAUAAAACCAUCGACUGUGAUGUUAUCACUUUGGUGGCAACACCGGCCGGAACAACAGAAGUCUACGACAGCUCAAAGGCACGUCUCUACAGUCUGCAGGCUGAUCCUGCCACAUACUGCAAUGAGCCUGAUGGCCCCCCAGAGCAAUUCGACAACUGGCUAUCCAACUUCAGUAUGGAGGAUAAGAAAAGCGAGAUCUCUGAGCUGUUGGUUGGCAGUCCCUCAAUACGAGCGCUUUACACAAAAAUGGUUCCGGCAGCAGUUGCCCAUUCGGAAUUCUGGCAAAGGUACUUCUACAAAGUAUUCCAGCUGGACCAGGAGGAGGCACGGCGCCUGGUGCUGAAGCAGAGGGCAGAACAGACUUCCCAAACAGAGACCCUUGGCUGGGAGGAAGAGGAGGAGGACGACUUUCUUGGUACCGUGUCCUCAUCACAGCUCAACUUUACACCCCCAUUGGACAUGAGGUCAACGCAAGCGCCUACCCCUUCGAUGACAACCACGCAGCUGUCUCCCGCUGACGAACGCGACGCCACCCUCUCAGUUAGCAGCGACAGCGUCAGUCUGCCAACGCAGCUGGAGGUGGUCAACACCCAGUUGGCAAACAAGCUGACCGAGGUCACUGUGGACGACAAGAUGCCAAAAGUGCAGAAGCCUGAGCAGACCCAAACGGAAACUGGAAGCCAGCAAGAUGUAGCGACAUCACGCAUGACAGCAAAAGUAGAGGCCGGAAAGGAAGAAGGACCACAUGACCUUAGAGUGUUUGAGCUGAACUCUGACAGUGGCAAGUCUUCGCCGUCUAACAAUGGCAAAAAGGGUACAUUCAUCCGAGGUUCUAGUACCGACGUGAGUGAGGACUGGGAGAAAGACUUUGAUCUGGACAUGACAGAAGAAGAAGUGCAAAUGGCGCUCUCUAAAAUUGAAGCGUCUGGAGAGCUGGAAGAAGACUGGGAGAACUGGGAAUGAGAGCCUCCGCUGCAUCAACCAUGUCCCUGCCAUCCAAGCUAGUUCUCUGCAGAUGAACCAUGCGUUGUUAAAUCUUUGUCCACACUGUCACCUUGUCAUAAUUGUCAGUUGGAGAUCUUCCAGACGGGGUUUGGACCAGUUUUGGUAAACCUGUCGUAAAGGGGAGACAAGAUUUAGGUCGGCCUCUAAGCCAGACAACGUGACGUGACGGGCCCUGACUAUUUCUUGGAGCUACCCCGGAAUGCAGAGCAAAUGACACCAGUAAAUAGAUGGAGUUUGUAAUCAAGAAGAUGUGUUCCCACAACGAUGGAGGAACUCUGUUUUUUUUUUUUCUUCAUGUACGUUUUGCUGGCUUAACUGUAGGUUAAAAUGGCAUAAGUGCUGCUUGUUACCAUUGGGAGAUAAUAAAUACUACAGCAGUCAUUUUUGAUUAUUAUUAUUAAAGAGCAAUGAUUAAGCCUA